ACGGGGCCGGUGGCCUCAGGCGGGUCGCUUGAAUUUGAAGUGGGCGAGGAGGCGGGUGACAACGGUCGGGCCGGGUCGGGCCCCGGUUGUGUGAGGGUUGGAUUGGGACUGCGGCGAAGGAGGUAGCCGGUCCCUCCCCGGUGCUAAACACGACAUGAACCUGUAACAGCCCAUCCAGAAAGGAUAAUGGCUCCAACGCCUGGGUUGAAUAGAUUUCGGGAACUGGAUAUCACUCCAUGCCGUGGAUACAAGAAUCUCCAUGCUGGAAUAAAAAUACAAACUGAGCAGCUCUUUGUAAAUAGAAGGAAGAACAAUGGAUCUCCUAAUGAGAAAGGAAAAAUCUCUUUUACUCCACGGCGUCGAUUGGUAACACCUUUAAUUUCAAACACACUUGAUCAUCUCAUGUCCAGUAUUGAAAAGAGCCACAAGAAAUCAGAAAAACCAGUCAGCCCAAAUCUUGCAAUGCUUAGAAUGACUCCAGGUCUUCAACAGAAACAAAAGCUUUUACAGGAAAAGCAUCUAAAGGCAAAAUCUUCAGCGGACAAGAUUCCUGUAGGUGGUGGAAUUAGUAUGUGGCCAGAAAUGGACAAUAUGAGACUUACUAAAGGAGAAGUAAUUGGUCUUGCAGUAACAUCUUUUCUGCUAAGUGCUGCUGUUUUCAUCAUGUUUGAAUACCUGCAUGGCCCAUUACUUUUGAAUUUAAAUUUGUAUAGUGCGAGAGUGAGAGCAUUUCACAGGGACCAUCCUCUUUCAAGCACCUCUGAACUAGUCCUCAACCAAUCACUAGUAAGAUGGCACAAAGAUUUCUGGAAGUUAUUGGAUAAGAUUCAAUGGCAAUUUGAAGCAGCUUUUCACGUGACCUUCAUUCUGUAUGUAAUGCUGUACGUUGUUGGGAUAAUGAUACUGCUUUACUACCUCGUAGAUAACAUGAUUCAGAAAAGCAGACUUACUCCAAAGAGAACAAAAAACUGGUUGGCUCUGUUGGUAGUUGCUGCUUCAUGGACCUUGCUUAUGCUGAAGCUGCUAAUUGCUGCUCAAAAUCUUGAACAUGCAAUUGAAGGAACAGUGUACAGAUUAAUAGAAGAACUGGCGGACCUAGCAGUAUCAGGGCAUGACCUUCGCUGCUACCAUGACAUUGUUAGCUAUUGGCGAUUCCGAUGCCUUCCUCCAACAAAACGGGGGAUUUUGAAAAUGUUUGGCUUAAUAAAAGUCCAUGAUAUCUCAUUUUACCUUCAAUAUUACAGCCUGCCUGUAAUUACAGCAUUGUGCACACCAGUUAUUAAAUUAUUACUUGCAUUAAAGGCAGUCUACACCAGGCCAUAUAUCAGCUAAGCAGACUGUAACCAUUUUAAUUUUCAUCCAUAUCAGAUUACUUUUUAAGAAUAUGUAAAUAUUGUCAGUUUUAUAAUUUAAAUUACUAGUUAUAUUUCACAUAUUAUUAUAAUAAUGAUGAUAAUCUGUCAGUUUAGAACAUCCUUAUAAUGCUAUUUACUCUAUAACUGAUUUGUAUAUGAGAUGAUCUUUCUCAAGGACGAGUGUUUUGGUGCAUUUUGUCAAUGCAUUUGUUGAAAUGUAAAAACUGUUUUUGUAAAUUAUCAUGAUUUUAUAGUUAAGUGGGUGUAAGCAUGGCUUGCACCUUGCAUAGAUAUAGCAUGGAUCAUUCAGCUGGGUUGUGUCUGAUCCAUACCUCAACUCCCCAUCUGCCUUUGAGCUAUGUAAAAUGGUGCAUCCUUGAAUUCACCAUGUCAAAACAUAAUGACAAUAUCGCUGUUACUUUAUGUACUAGAACUUAAGGCUUGAAAUUUGUGCAAUUGGAGUUGCUCCUACAGUAGAAAUUCAGAACUACUCUUUUUGAUUUCAGAUCACAUGCUCAGAAAUGUGUAUUCUGCUCAAAUCACCAAGUUGAGCCAGAGAAAUGGGAGGCAUUCUGGUUCCAUAUCUGCUAUUGCUUCUGCUGUCCAUAAACCUACCCAUUACUACAACCAUCUUAGUAGAUUUUAAUAGAAUCAAGAAAAUAAAAGAAACUACAGAUAAAGGAAAUCCUUGAUAAAAAUGAAAUGCUGGAAAAGAACAGCUGGUAGCACCUGUUGAAAGGGAAUUAAUGUUUCAGAUUGACAACUUUUCACUGAAAUAACUGUUUCUGCCCACACAUGCUGCCUGACCUGCUAAGCAUUUUCAUUUUGUUAUUGCUAUUCUAACGUAGGGUGUGAACAACGCUAAGUAAAUGACAAUUCAAAACUGAUGUUUGAACAAAGUGUGUUACAAAAACAGUUGUGUAUAAAAGACAUUACAAAUAACCUAUUACUUUGAUUUGAGGGUGAACAAAUCCAUCUAUAAAUCAAUUCAAUUGCUAUUCAGUGAUUUUCUUUUUCCUCUCUGACCUGUUGUUCCAUUGCAGGAAAGACUUAAUUCAGUUGAAUACUUCUUGAUCAAAACAAGUUGAGUUAAUAAAUGCCUGAGAACUUGGGUGGGUGGGGAGAAAGGCCUAUUCAUUGUUAACAUUAAUUUCCAGCAUCCCCACUAUUGAAAGUUGUUGCUUUUUAUAAUGAAAAUACCACAGUAAAUUUUCACUUGUUUUUGUUCUGUUGAUAGGGUUGUUAGUAAUAAACUAAAAAUACUGCCAGGUCAAGGUUAUUAAUAUAUACCUCAAGUGAUGACAAAUACAAUUUUAAAAUGUCCUGUACUUACAUUAAUUGAAAGUUGUUAAACAAAAACUGAUUAUGCCUGUACAAUCCAGUAUCUAUGGAAGUUAAAUAAAUUGAACUAGUACUUAAUUUCAUAUUUAAAAAGGUAAUGAAAACAAUGGGACAAGAAUAGCUUCAUGACUUUCAAAGCCAGAUAGAGGUAGCAAUGGUCAUUGUUAACCAAAAGCUGCAGUUGCUGGAAAGCUGAAAUAGUUUUCAAAAAAAUGGCUGAAAAUACAGUACAUCAAGUAACAUGUCUUUUGUGGGCAGCAAAAAUUACAUUUCAGGUCAUGAAACACACUACCCUUGAAAUGUAAUGUAUUUGAAUUUUCAUUAGAAUUGGAAUUUUUUUUUUAAAGCCUUGAAGUAGAUGCUGAUAGUUUCAGCAUUUUCUGUUUUUAUUAUAAUCAUAUUUUGACUAUUUAAUGAUGAUUUUUUUUCGGGGGGGGGGGGUCUGCUCAAAUGUGCUCAAACCUAAUGUACUGUAGUACACAGUACAUUCAUCCAUUCAAUGCACAAUAUAGUCCCAGUCUUGGAGAAUGUGAAAAUGCCAGUUGUAUGUUCAAUGUUCAAAGAACAUGACUAGUAUUCAUAUUUGCACACUAGUUACAGAAUCAGGUUUAUUGUCACUGGUAUGUGACAUGAAUUCAAACAAAUUACCUAUGUCGUUUCCAUUUCCUUUUAAAGAACUAUAUUUUACACUGCAGUUCUAAUUGAAAAUGUUAAUAUAGAGACAAAAAAAUCUCAAUGGCUGUACAUGAAGUGCCAAAUUUUUAAAGAUGUUGCUGCUACAACUUUACUGUUCAUGUAACAAUGUUGGUAAAUUGAAAAUGUCUUUUCUGACUUAAUUUGUAUAAUAAAAUUUACUCUAUCAGCUUAUUUUCAUAAGUCUAAUCUUCCUUGGUUGUAUGAGAAUUCU